GCCAAUUCAUUUCCUCAUCAUUUUCUCUCCUCUCUCUCGGAUCUCUUUACGCGCUGGCUAGGGAUCUUCAGAUCCCGUCGAAGCUUCGACCACGCGGGCCCAAACCCUCACACGACACCAGAGGUGAACGACGUCACCUGAGGCCAGCUCUUCUCCUCUUCCCUGUGUGCGGCCAAGCCAUUGUGCUUUGUUGUGUAUAGGUAUGGCAAAGAAGUAUGUGACGCGGUUGUGGCGAAAUGUCUCACCGGUAGGCCUAAGACGAUGGAGAAGGCCUAGGCCAUCUUUAUGCUUUGGAUUGAAUUGGAGGCUGUAGAGCCUUUCUUGGUAUGCCGUUUCUUAUAUUUUCUGUCUUUUCUUUUUCAUUCAUACAGUAAUGCUGGUGUAUUGUAUGGUUGAAUAUGUUUUUUUUUUAACUUAUAUUGUGCUCUCUGAAACUUCAUCUUUUUUCUGCUAUGAUUUUCUGGGAUAUUUAGUAUGGUGUGUUUGUCGCAGGAUGCAAUGGAGAAGGCGAUAAAAGCCAAAGUUGCUAAAGCUGUUGUACCCGCAAUUAAUGUCAUGUUUCAAGCCUUAAGGUUUGUAUUGAGUUUAAUUUUGUGGGAAAUGUUUCUUGUACUUCUUUAUCUAAUAUGCAUGUUUGGUUUGAUAGUGAGUUUGGAGCAAAAGUUGUGCCUCCAAAGAGGAUAUUAAAGAUGUUGCCUGAGCUAUUUGACCAUCAAGAUCAAAAUGUUCGUGCAUCUUCUAAAGGAAUUACUCUUGAGCUUUGUCGAUGGAUUGGAAAGGACCCUGUAAAAUCAAUAUUAUUUGAGAAAAUGAGGGAUACAAUGAAAAAAGAAUUGGAAGCCGAGCUGGUGAAUGUAACAGGGGCAGCUAGGCCAUGUCGCAAAAUAAGGUCUGAGCAAGACAAGGAGCCAGAAAAGGAGGUUGUAUCUGAAGUUGUGGGUGCUAGCCCAUCUGAGGAAUCUACAUAUGAUGGUGUGUAAUACACAUAGUCUAUUAGAUUAUUCUUUUUCUUGGUUGAUAUUAAAUGAUGACAAGUAGGUGUUCUAUCAGCGGGUAACAAGUGAUUACCAUUGUAGGAGUUUGACACUUUAGUGUUAUAUUUUAUUAGUUUUUUUACUGCAUAGAUGUUGGUUAUUUAGCUCUCCUGUUUAUGCAUAGUUUAACAAAUUUUAAUUGUCAGCUCCUCAGGAAAUAGAUGAGUAUGAGCUCGUUGAUCCUAUUGAUAUAUUGGCUCCUUUGGAGAAGUCUGGAUUUUGGGAUGGAGUGGUCAGUCUUCUUUCUUCUCUCCGUCAAACUAGUUCAGUUUUUUUUUUGUUGUAGUGAUUUAAUUUAGGAAUAUUUGGUUUUGAUGUUCCUGUACUGCUAUUAACAUCUUGUGCCUUAUGUCACAGAAAGCAACCAAGUGGUCAGAACGGAAAGAGGCUGUUGCAGAGCUAACCAAGCUUGCUUCAACAAAAAGAAUAGCACCUGGUGAUUUCUCAGAAAUCUGUCAGACACUAAAAAAGGUACAUUGUCUUUUUAUGUUUGAGUAUUUCGUUUGCAUCGUUUAUACCUCUAUCUAUUGCCAAGGAUCUUUUUAAUAUUGCAUAGUUAAGUGUUCAAUCUGCUCCAUUAAGUUUUAACUUCAUGCUUUAUAUUCUUACUUCUGUUAUAAGUUUAUACUUGCUUUUUGAGUUGAUGAAUAAAAAUCAUUUAAUUCUUUUUCUGUACAGCUCAUAACAGAUGUUAAUAUCGCUGUAACAGUCGAGGCAAUUCAAGCUAUUGGCAAUCUUGCUCGGGGUUUAAGAACUAAUUUCUCUGCAAGUUCACGCUUCCUAUUGCCAGUUUUGCUGGUAUGUUCAUUUUUUGCUAGCUAAAAAAAUAAUAUUAUAUCAACUUAAAAUGCA